ACACUUCCAUUUUUGUUGCUGUGCCUGACAAGAAUUGAAUUAUGUCACCGUCAGAUAAAAAAAAAAAAAAAAUUCGGUAAAUGAUACAUUGUAAUUAUUCGAAAUUAGGAAGGCCAUUCAAAUUUGAACAAUUUGGUAUAUAUAAACGGAAUCGAAUUUAACCGUUUUCAUCAAGAAAAAUCUCUGCCCAUUAAUGGAGAGCAGCCGAUGGAUUGCAGCAGUAGCAAGCAUUUGGAUUCAGUGCAGUUGUGGUGCUUCAUAUGCUUUCGGCAUAUAUUCUCCACUCCUAAAAUCCAGCCAAAAUUACGAUCAAUCCACUCUUGACUUGAUUUCAGUCUUCAAAGACAUCGGGGCAAACGCCGGAAUUCUCUCCGGGAUCCUUUACUCCGCCACAGCCAACAGUCGCCGCCGCCAGUCUAACUCGUGUUUUUAUGGCCCCUGGGCGGUCCAUGCCGCCGGUGCAAUCCAGUGCUUUUUUGGGUACUUCUUCAUUUGGCUUGCCAUCAUUGGAGCGAUUCCCCGUCCGGAGGUUCCGGUGAUGUGCCUUUUGAUGUUCCUCGCUGCUCAUGCCCAGACGUUUUUCAAUACAGCUAAUGUUGUUACGGCUGUUCAGAACUUUCCGGAGUACAGCGGCACCAUUGUCGGCAUCAUGAAGGGUUUUCUUGGUCUAAGUGGAGCUGUACUGAUACAAGUGUAUCAGACAUUAUUCCAAGGGAAGCCAAGCACUUUCUUGUUGAUGCUGGCUCUUUUACCACCUGUUCUUUCUAUUGUUCUUAUGUGGUUCGUGAGAGUCCACCAGGUACCAAAUAGAGAAAAGAAUCAGAAGAAAUAUUUGAAUGGUAUCUCGCUGAUUUCUGUGGUAGUCGCAGCAUAUCUUAUGUUCUUAAUAAUCUUGAAAAACACUGUCAGUUUUUCACCAUGGGCGCAAGCUCUCUCUCUGAUAGUUCUACUUGUUCUACUGUCUUCACCAAUUACGAUUGCCGUCAAAGCACACAAGGAAGAUUUAUUAAGAUCAUCACAAUUACAAACCUUUUCCAGUUUAAACACCCCGCUAAUGAAGGGCACUGAUUCGUUUGCCUCAGAGAAGUCUGCAGUAGAGAAUCCCAGAGACUGUGCCAAUGCUCCGACUUACGAGCAUCGGAUGCCCCAUUCCGAGGAUAUUCUACAUGUUGAAGAAUUGAAUCUUUUUCAAGCCAUGCGAACCACGAACUUCUGGUUGUUGUUUGUUGCAAUGCUCUGUGGAAUGGGCUCAGGAUUGGCCACAAUAAACAAUAUCAGCCAAAUAGGAGAAUCACUCGGUUACACAUCAGUCCAGAGAAGUACAUUAGUUUCUCUAUGGAGCAUAUGGAAUUUUCUCGGGCGUUUUGGAGCUGGGUAUGUUUCUGAUAUUUUAAUGCACAGACAAGGCUGGGCAAGGCCAUUGUUAAUGACUGUAUCGCUAGCAACGAUGGCUGGAGGCCAUAUAAUUAUCGGUUCUGGUUUUCCAGGGAAUUUGUACCUGGGUUCGGUUUUAGUUGGUGUUUGUUACGGUUCACAAUGGUCAUUGAUGCCCACCAUCACGUCUGAGAUAUUUGGUGUGCCACAUAUGGGUACAAUAUUUAACACCAUUGCUGUAGCUAGUCCUGUUGGAUCUUCCAUUCUUUCUGUAGGAGUGAUUGGUCAUAUCUACGACAAAGAAGCAUCAAGCGAAGGGCAUUCAUGUCGUGGCACCCAUUGUUUCAUGUUAUCAUUUUUCAUAUUGGCUUCUGUUACUCUUUUCGGGUUUCUAGUUGCUCUGGUCUUGUUUAUAAAGACAAGAGGGCUCUACAGGAUUCUAAUCUUAAGACGACUACAGAAUUCUGGAAGAGGCUGAAGUCGUAAGGUUCUGCUGAAGUAUAUACAUCUCUGUUGUUUCAUGUUAUUCAAUGAAGAUGCAUAUAUUAGUGGGUUUUGCUAUACAACUCAAAGGAUGUAUCUGUUCCACCUGAUCAUUUGGAUGUUAAUCUUAUCCUGUUCUAUCUGAUCUUGUGCUCGAAAGUAAGGUGUACGAAAAUAGAAUUAUGAUAGAAUGAAAAAAUGCUUAAUUCCUUUGAGAGCAUGCGUGGAUAAACUUGUUUCCUUUUCUCAAAAAUUGAUGAUCGUGUGGAAAUUGAAAUAUUAAAGUGAAUGAGUUGGGAGAAGAAAUGAACGUA